UGGAUCAGGCUAAGCUCUCUCUCUCUCUCUCUCUCUCUCUCUCUCUCUCUCUCUCUCUCUCUCUCUCUCUCUCUCUCUCUUUUAAUUCUGCACAAUUUCAGAGAGGCGUGAGGAUUUCUGGAGUUCUGAAGCUACAGGGAACCCUAAUUGUCGACUUCGUAGAGCUCCUCGUCUGCGCCCUCCUCAAAGUUUCAAGGCAGAAAAAAUGGCGGAACCAGUGGAAUUGCCGAGCCGUUUGGCGAUCCUUCCAUUCAAGAACAAGGUUCUUCUCCCGGGCGCCAUUAUUCGAAUCCGUUGCACCACUCCUAGCAGUGUGAAAUUGGUGGAGCAAGAACUCUGGCAGAGGGAGGAGAAGGGAUUGAUUGGGGUGCUUCCUGUCCGAGAUACUGAAGCCGCGUCUACUGCAAACGAAGCUGGAACCAAUCCAAAAGUUCCACUUCUUGUAUCGGAUUUGCCCAAGGAAGAUGAAAAGAAUCAGAACGAGACUAUGCAUUGGCACACAAGGGGUGUUGCUGCCAGAGCUUUACAUCUAUCACGAGGAGUGGAGAAGCCAAGUGGAAGGGUCACGUACAUUGUUGUCCUUGAAGGGUUAUGUCGUUUCAGUGUUCAAGAAAUUAGUCCAAGAGGAACAUACUAUAUUGCAAAAAUCUCACGUCUGGAUAUGACCAGGGCUGAGCUUGAGCAAGCAGAACAAGACACUGAUCUUCUCUUGUUGUCUCGCCGAUUCAAAGCAACUGCAACGGAAUUGAUCUCUGUUCUUGAGCAGAAGCAGAAAACUGCAGGGCGGGCCAAAGUCCUCCUUGAGACUCUACCUGUACAUAGAUUGGCUGAUAUAUUUGUAGCAAGCUUUGAAAUUAGCUUUGAGGAACAGCUGUCAAUGCUGGACUCAGUUGAUCUGAAAGUUAGGAUAUCAAAAGCUACAGAACUAGUUGACAGACAUUUGCAGUCGAUUCGAGUAGCAGAGAAGAUAACCCAAAAGGUUGAGGGACAACUAUCAAAAUCUCAGAAGGAGUUUCUUCUGCGUCAGCAGAUGAGAGCAAUAAAGGAAGAGCUUGGGGAUAAUGAUGAUGAAGAAGAUGAUGUGGCUGUCUUGGAGACAAAGAUGCAGACUGCAGGAAUGCCACCAAAUGUGUGGAAGCAUGCUCAACGAGAGCUAAGGCGGCUGAGGAAGAUGCAGCCACAGCAACCUGGUUACACUAGUUCACGGAUGUAUCUCGAGCUUCUUGCUGACCUUCCAUGGCAGAUAUCGAGUGAUGAGCGAGAAUUGGAUUUGAAAGCCGCCAAGGAUCGCCUUGACAGUGAUCAUUAUGGUUUAGUUAAAGUAAAGCAACGAAUUAUUGAAUAUUUGGCUGUUCGAAAGCUGAAAUCAGAUGCCAGAGGUCCUAUAUUGUGUUUUGCUGGUCCACCUGGUGUUGGUAAGACAUCCUUAGCAUCAUCAAUUGCUGCUGCCUUGGGCCGAAAGUUCGUGAGGAUAUCACUUGGAGGUGUGAAAGAUGAGGCUGAUAUUAGGGGCCAUCGAAGAACUUACAUCGGAAGCAUGCCAGGCCGUCUCAUUGAUGGUUUGAAGAGAGUAUCAGUAAAUAAUCCAGUCAUGCUUUUGGAUGAGAUCGAUAAAACUGGUUCUGAUGUGCGAGGAGAUCCUGCUGCUGCUCUUUUAGAAGUUCUUGACCCAGAGCAGAACCAGACUUUCAAUGAUCACUACUUGAAUGUUCCAUUUGAUCUUUCGAAGGUGAUCUUUAUUGCAACAGCCAAUAGGAUACAACCUAUACCCCCCCCUCUCUUGGAUAGGAUGGAAGUCAUUGAACUGCCUGGGUAUACGCAUGAGGAAAAGCUAAAGAUAGCUAUUCGGCAUUUGAUCCCACGUGUACUGGAUAACCAUGGAUUGAACUCCCAAAUUCUUCAGAUACCGGAGGAUAUAGUUAGGCUUAUUAUUGAAAGAUAUACACGGGAAGCUGGUGUUCGAGGGCUUGAGAGAAACUUGGCUGCCCUGGCUCGUGCAGCUGCUGUUAGAGUAGCUGAGCAGGAAUGUUCUAUUGCAGUUGGCAAUGAAGUUCAUCCAAUUACAACAUCCCUGCUUGAUGGAACCAGACUAGCAGAGAGUGCAGAAGUGGAACUGGAAGUCAUGCCUAUGGGGGUAAAAAGUCAUGAUCUAUCAAAUAGUCUGAGAGGCUCACCCUUAAUGGUCAUAGAUGAACCAAUGCUUGAAAAAGUGCUGGGGCCACCCAGGUUUGAUGGUCAAGAAACUGCAGAACGAGUGGCAACUCCAGGAGUAGCUGUUGGACUUGUUUGGACCUCGUUUGGAGGUGAGGUUCAAUUUGUUGAGGCUACAGCAAUGGUAGGAAAGGGUGAUCUGCAUUUAACUGGACAACUUGGUGAUGUAAUCAAGGAAUCAGCUCAGAUAGCAUUAACUUGGGUAAGGGCGAGGGCACCAGAUCUUACAUUUGCAGCAGCAUCUGAGAUCAAUUUGUUGGAGGGGAAGGACAUUCAUAUACAUUUUCCUGCUGGGGCUGUUCCAAAAGAUGGACCAUCAGCAGGAGUGACCUUGGUGACGUCAUUAGUUUCUCUUUUUAGUCAGAAAAAAGUCCGGCCAGACACUGCAAUGACUGGUGAAGUUACCCUACGGGGUCUAGUGUUACCUGUUGGUGGUGUGAAAGAAAAGAUUUUAGCAGCUCAUCGUUAUGGCAUCAAAAGAGUCAUCCUGCCGGAAAGAAAUGUGAAGGACUUGGUUGAAGUACCAUCAUCUGUUCUUGCUUGCAUGGAGGUGCUGUUGGCCAAGCGAAUGGAAGAUGUCCUUGAUCAAGCAUUUGAAGGUGGGUAUCCAUGGAGACACCAUUCAAAAUUGUGAACACUGGCAGCAGUUGCAGCGGCUUUCUUGAUUGUAAAUAUAUGGGCACCUAAGGCAACAUAUGAUAAUUAGAAAUAUUGAAGAAAAAGAUGUUGGUGACACAACUUAAAACUUUUAAAGGUUGUUGUAUUGUCACGUACAUCUGGAUGGUGCACUACUAGUGUUCGUCUAAUGGUAGGAAAAAAAAAUUGCUCUUUUA